AUGAAGUUGCUUCUCCUGAUCCUGCUGGCGACGCUCUCCGCCGCGAGCAACGUCAGCUCGUGCUCGUGCGGCUUCUACGAUGCCACGGCCGACCUGCUGUUCACCGACUCGACCAUCGUCUACUUCAACGAGACGGACUCGGUGCCCGACGACCUGCUGGUGCAGAGCUUUGCCCACCGCCACGAGCACGCAUGGAACGAUCUGUACCGGCAGGGCGCGGUCGAGUCCAACGCCGUGGUCGAGAACAGCUCGCUCUCGCUGUACUGCGACCCCUCGGACUCGAACCAUCUCGUCCGCGGAGCAUCGAUCCGCACGGCACGGCAGGAUCUCUUCUUUGGCUCGUUCCGCGCCAGCAUGACGGGUCCCCCCUGGUGGCAUCUGGGCUCGGCGCUGGCCAUGCGGCUGCAUCACAACGAGACGGAGUCGUGGGAGCUCGACAUCCUCAACACGGACAACAGCUCGCAGGCGUGGAUCCCGAUGCUGAUGCGCGGCGUGUUUGCCAACACCUGGCUGGGCGUGAACUACUCGGCCCUCAUUCCCGAUGGGAUCGAUCCCUGGACGGAGACCGAGUAUCGCGUCGACUGGACGCGCGACCGACUCGACUAUUACGUCGGCAAUGUCCUGCAGAUGAGCUAUACGAAGCGCAAGAACGGGACGAUCCCGUCCACCCCGUCGGCGCUGCGGUUCGAGCAUUUCUCCCUGGGCAACGAAUACACCACGCAGGGCCCGCCGACGCAUCGCUCCCAGGCCAGUCUGAGCUGGACGAGGCUGUUCUUCAACUCCUCCACCGCCACGACAGACGCUCUCGCCGGAUGUUCCCUGGCCGAUGCCUGUGCCAUGGACGAUCUGCAGCUGCGAGGCAGUUCGUCGUAUACCGCUGCCUCGCUGGACAAGUGGAAACAAGACCAUGCCCCGUGGAAGAUGCGCUGGAUCCCCAUGAUCAUCGUCAUCAUCUUCCUGGCGCUGUUUGUCCUGCUCACGGUCAAGACGGUGAUCCGCCGCUUCUCCGCGCCGGAGACUGUCAAGACUGAGGAUCCGGCUUCGAAUGAGAUCAGCUCCAGCAGUUCCAUCCAGAGUCUGCCGGAAUACUCGUCCAGAGUGAACACGCCGGCGCCGCAGUAUCAGUCGCCCGCCAUGUCGCGACAAGCCAGCUUCAUCCGCAAGGGAUCCGACAUUCCUCCUGUUCCCGACAUCACCAUUGCGGGGAUUGCAGAAAAGACUGAACCGACGACAGAAAGAGAGAUGACCGAGAAAAAGACAACAGAGACGGUAAAAGAGAUGGCAGAGACAAAGACGGUAAAAGAGAUGGCAGAGACAAAGACGGUAAAAGCGCUUCAACCUCAGCAACGGAUCGACUAUCUCGCCGGCUUCAUCUCGCUCAGCGCCCUGCUCGUCACGCAGAACCACUUCUGCCUCACCUUCUACCCCGGCGCCAUCGAGACCACCAGCACACACUACCGCAGCGAGUACUGGGCGCGCAUGACGAUCGCCACCUUCUUCCUGGAUCCUCUCUGGAUCGGCCCCUUUUUGAUGAUCUCGACGCGCUUCCUGGUCUCGAAUUACUUGCGAACCGGCAAUCUGGCCAACAUGGCGCAAAAGGUGGUGAUCCGCCCCUUUCGCCUGCUCGUGCCCGUCGCCUCGAUCUUCCUGCUGGAAUACUUCCUCAUGGACUCGGGCGCCAUCACCUGGCUGCAGGAUCUGCCCAGCAUCACCUGGUCCGGCUGGCCGUACACGACCGUGGUGGCGAACCCGGGCAUCUUCAUCGACGAGGUGCUCCAGCUGGCGUAUCUGAUCCCUAAUGCCGCCCCGCGCAUCACAUACAACUACUGCACGGGUGUGCUGUGGACAAUCCCCGUCCAGCUGCAGGGAGCCUGGCAGACCUUGCUGGCCCUGAUCAUGAUCCGCGAGUGCAAGACGCCCUGGAAGCGGUUCGCCAUGUAUGCCUUCUGCAUUGCCAACCACUGGUACGCGCUCUCCUGGGGCAGUUAUUACUAUUCCGGGCUCUUGCUGGCCGAUCUGGACAUGACCUUCAAGUAUAAGAAGUGGUUGUAUGCCAACAAACUCGCCUACUAUCCCAUUCUCAACGCCUUGAUCCUGCUCGCCCUCGCCGGGUUUGGGUGUGAUCUCGCCUCCCAGUGGACAGGCCACCAGUUCGCCACGCUCGAGAACAGCUGGCAUCCGGAUGUGCCCACGGGGCUGAGCAUGUCGCAGGCCGGCACAAGCACGUAUCCCGAUUACUAUAUCCCGCGGCUGAAUGCGCUGGUGUCCACCGUCGCGAUGCAGGCGAUUGUCGAGCUCAGCCCGGCGGUGCAGAAGAUCCUCUCGGCCAAAGUCCUGCAGCGGCUGUUCCCGCACAUCUUCACCAUCUAUCUCAUCCACGGCUUCAUCUUCUGGUCCGUCGGCUCCUGGGCCAUGGUCGGCUUAUGGGGGUACGGCCUGCCCUACUGGCUGUGUGUCCUGUUGGUCUGCUGCAUCUGUUAUGCCGCUCUCUUUGCCUGUCUGCCCUUGCUCACGCCCCCGAUCGAGAUGCUCGGCAAGAGGAGCACUUUGCGCCUGUGGGAGCAUGCCAGCUCCGAGCCCGUCAGGCGCAGGCCGACCUUGUUUCCUUUUACCGAGCAGAUUUUUACGACUUGA